AUGAGUGAUUUUUCUGGUUUUCCUUGUCCUCAGCUGGACAACCCAAGAGUGGGGUUUCCGAUUCUUUGCUUCAUCAGCCGGAUAACCCAACAAUGGGGUUUCCGAAGAGGAGGUGCGAUCGACGGAAUGCGUCAAAGAGGAAGACAACGUCGAGAGGCUGAUGGCGAGGGACAGCAGGGAGCUGCACCUGAGGUUGGUUCGCAGCACCCGGCAUUUCCCGUAGGACCGACUGAUAUUUCUUUAUUGAUUAGAUAUCAAAACCAUGUUGCCUGUCACUUAUGGUUGGGCGAGGAGAGACGACCAAAGCCGACCUUAAAGGUUGCUGCACAUGGCAGCAAAUUAAUAGGAUGGGUUCCGACAAUGCUCCCAAGGCAGAUGAAUGAUUGGUUAGUUGCAUCUGGUCUGUCAUCUUUGCAGUAUACUAGUUUGGCCAGGGUAGAUACGCAUCUUUUAUCUGCUUUUGUUGAGAGAUGGCAUCCUGAAACAUCGUCAUAUCAUAUGCCGUUCGGCGAGAUAACCAUCAUGAUAGAUUAUGAUGCUAUCCAUCUAUCUGUUGAGUUGUUUGGUGUUUCACUGAGUGAUGAAACUAGGGAGGCUUCUUCUGUAAGGGGUCCUUACUAUAAAUUGGAUUGGUUGAAGCAAGUUUUUGAGCAACAAAGAGCUGCAUAUAACUUUACAGGUGCUAUGAGAGCAUACAUGAUGUUGCUAUUAGGUUGUACUAUUCUUGCCGACGAGACUUUUACUCUUGUCGAGCUUGGUGGUUAUGCCUCUCUUCUUCAGUGUUGGAUUCAUGAGUAUUUUCCAACUGUUGGAAAGAGAUGUACUUCUGGGUUAUGUGGCAUUGAUAGUCCAAUGGCUAGGGCGAUGAAAUGGGAAUAUAGGCAGGGGACGCAAAAAGUGGAUGACAUCCGAGCUGUGUUAGAUCAGUUGACCCCUCACGAUAUCGUCUGGCGCCCUUUUGAGGAUCAUAGGGAGCACCGUCAUUUUGAUUAUAUCUGUUUGUACCGGGGUGGUUUGAAGAGGUAUGGUACUGUAGUUCUAUAUUUACCUGACAGAUGCAUGCGUCAGUUUGGAUACAGACAGUACAUACCUAUUGCUCCUUCUAAUCUAGACACACUUGAUGUGGAUGUUGAGUGGGCUACAUAUAUGCAGAGUGUGUUGCAGGUGAUCCGAUCCCACGAUGCUUCCCCAACUGUGUUUGCUACCAUACCAUAUGAGACAGACGAUGAUUAUUUGGCGUGGUAUUAUACGGUGUCACAUCCUCGUUUGAGAGCACCACGAGGUGAUCAGCCGAUGCAGACACGUCCUGAAGACGAACAGUUUCUCGAGAUAUUUAGAGCACUGAGACUUGCACAGGGCGGACCAUUACCUAGGGAAGGUCAAAUUACUUAUGACAAUGAGUCUGAUUGA